GGGCUGCUCAGCUGGGCCACCCAACCCAAUUCGCAUUUGGGCCAAAAAAAAGUAUAAAAUUAUGGGCCGAAUAUAUAUGAGUUGAAAAAGGGAAAUUUACACCCAUUACUGUUUUUUCUCAAUUUCUUUCUUUUAUACUGUUACACGCUGGAAUUAAUAUUUAUACUGUUUUUUUUUUUUUUUUGGCAGUUUACUGCCUUGCAAACUUUAUUAUGUAAUGGGCUGAUACUUGCCACUUGUCACGAUAGGGUUUUGCCACAUUUUUUUUUAAAAAAAAAAAAUUCUUUUUAAUUGUUUGAUUUGACAGUUUUCUAUUCUUAUCAAAAGGUAUUGUACUUUUGCAUUUUUCUUUUAUUUUUUUUAUUAUUUUCGAAUAUAAAAUUUGUAAUUGUAAAUCUCUCUUCCCUCAACUGUUCAUCUUCUUCCCCAUUUUCAGUUUUCUUAUACGGUUGUAGUAGUGGGUGGUUUUAGCAUUUUAAAAAAUUUCAAAUCCCAUCCCACUUUCUUAAACUUCCCUCUCAUUUUCCCUCCCAUUUUUAUUAUUUUUGUCUAUAAAUACCUUCAUAGUUCCUGAUAAUGGUCGUUACUCGUUCAUCACCAUCUCCGGCUUAAGUUACAAAACCCACAAAACAAUCGCAGAAAACCAGACCCAAAUCAAAAAUGGGUAAAAAAAAUCUGAAAGAGAACCCUCCUAGCCCCACUUCCCCUUCUGUUAAAAGAAAAACUCUUGCUGGACCUUCGAAGAACACUCGAGGAAAAAGACCUCGAACUGUUGUUGAAAAUUCAGACUCAGAUUUUGAGUUGGAUUCUGAAUUUCUUAAGUCGCCUGUAUCUGUUAAGGGCAAGGGUAAAUCCCCUGUAAAGGUGUUGCCAUCAUCAGGUGUUUCUGAGGAAAUUCCUGUUAAUAGGAUUGUUGAGGAUUGGGAAUGCAAGUACACCCGAUCUCAAUUCUAUCAUUCUAGAGUAGUAACAUCUGGGUAUUACUCUGUACUUGGAGACAUUAAGAGAAUUCUAACUGAAAGCCAAUUGGAAAUUUUUUCAAAAUCUGUGUUUGGUUAUUUUCUUCGGAUUCCGGAGUACAUAAUUCAUUACCAAUUGCUUCAUUGUUUGCUGUUGAGGGAGGUUCAGCAGCCUAAUGGGUUGGAGUUUUGGGUUUGUGUCCAAGGGAAAUACCUUAGGUUUAGUAUCGAAGAGUUUGCGUUGGUCACGGGGUUAGAUUGUCAUGUUGAUUCUGAUUUUUAUCAGUUUAAGCAAGAUGAUAAUGAAUUGGUCAAAUAUUGUUUUAAGGGGUACAAAAAAAUUACCAAGGGUGCUAUUCAGACUGCUUUUAUUGCUGACAAUCUUAAGGAUAACGACGAUCUUGCAGUCAAGUUGGCUGUAUUGUAUUUUGUGCAGUGUUAUUUGUUAGGUGGUCCCCCGGGUAAAGUUGUUUCGUCUGAGGAAAUAGAUGUUGUCGAUAAUGGUCGAUAUAAUGAAUUUGGUUGGGGCAAGCAUUGUUUUGAUAUUACUAUGCAUUCUUUGAAGGGUAAGAUAGAUUCUGGUUAUAAGAGGGUAGUUCGUAGUGACGAGGAUGGUGGGUAUUACAGGUUAUUGGGUUUUCCUUUGGCUAUUCAAUUCUGGUUUUUCGAGUGUUGCCCGUAUGUUAUUGGAAAACUGUCGUUGUACUCAAAUGUUGGCAUUCCAAGGAUUUUGAAAUGGCCUAAAUUACCCAAGGACAAGGAGGGUAUGGUGAAAAUGGAUGUCAUGAACACCCUCAUUUUCGAUCGGUCUUUGAAAGAGUUAAAAUUAAGAAACAUCACUCCAACUUCCGUUGAGAGAUUGAGUUUGAGCCUCACUGAUUUUUUCUCUGGUGAGACUACUCCCGAGGCUGUAAAAUUCAAAAUUAAAGGUGGUUCCAAGCCUGCUGGUCAACCUGGCUUGAUGGGUGCUUCUUCAUCAUCUGCUCAUGAGAAUGUCUCCCGAGUUGAGUUUGAGGAAUUUAAAAAGUGUUUAUCUGUUGUUGUCAGCCAGCAAGGGAUACUUAUGAACUCUGUUGCUGAGAUGAACAAGAAGCUGGACAUUCUUAUUAAGGUGUUUUUUUAAUUGUCAUUACUUUUUCUGUUAUUUUUUAGUAGUGUUUUUAUGUUGUUUUAUACAGUAAAUUAAUUUUUUAAGUUUUUUUUGUUCUCAGUCAUCCCAAGGUGGUCUUACUCACAAUGGAUCUCAGUCUGAAGAUGCUCUUCGUACUUCAGAAAAUGAGGAUGAUGAAGAUUCCACUUCGGAGGAAGACGAGGAUGAUAAAUUCGACGAUGACAAAGGAGAUGAUCAUCAUGACGAUGAAACUGAUGAUGAUGAUGAUCCGGGUGGAGAUGGUGUUGGUCGGUCAGGAUGAGGCUCACACGGGCGAUGUUCGUAACGAUGAGGGUGUUGUUGUCCCCGAGGUUGUUUCGAGGGAUGAUGAUACCGGCAAGGUGGAUGAUGCCAAGAAUUCUGACCCUGUGGAACCUCUUGCAGAGAUCAAACAGGUGUAUUUCUUGUUUGGACAUCAUUUUUUUUGUGCUUUUUGUGUGGAUUUCUGUGUUUUGUGUUUGUUUUAAUAGUUUUUUACUGUUUUUUUUGUUGUCAGCCUGAACAGUCUCAAGGUGGGGAGGAGAACAUUGAUGUUGAUGUAACAAUUGCAUCUGCUGUUAAAGCUGUGGAGAAUUUGGUUUGUGUUUCUGUUUUUGUUCCUUUGUAAUUUGUGUUUAUAUGGUAUUCUAUUGUUGUUUUUAUAGUGUUUUGAUUGUACUAUUUGAAAUUUAAAAAAAGUCUUCUUUUUUUCCUUUUUCUUUUUUAGAUUGGUUCCUCAACUCAUGCCCCUGCUUCUGUUGAAACUUCUGAGAAGACUGAUCUUGAAAUGGUUGUUUUUCAAGAGACUCCUAUUUUACGUCCUCAAAAGAGGGAUCGGAAGAAAGGAGCUGUUUUGAAAUCCCCAUUCAUUGAGAUUGCUUCUGGUGCAUCUAAAUCAGGUUCAUCCUCAGUUUCUCCUGAUGAUUCUGUGUAUAAGGUCGUUAAAUAUGUGCGUGGUUUGUGCCCGUUGGACAACAAGAUUGGUGAACCUGUCGAUCCGCAAUUGGAAGCUGAGUUUGUCAAGUGGGUUGAUACAGGUCUUAGAAAGCAUAAAUUAAGUAUUUUUGUAGGUGUUUUCAGUUAUAUAUCUCUUAUCGUUUUCCAUUUAUUUUUUAUUUUUUUAUUUGUGUUUUGAUAUUUUUUUAUUUGUUUUUUUUUAGCACAACAACUAAUGUGUAUUGUAAGGGUAAGGACACAAUAUUUCCGCCUUUUCGUUUUGGUGUUGAGGACAUUAGCAACAAGAUGUGGUUUCACAACCUUGCCUACCCUAAUUGUUUCCUUACCAAUUCUCACAUUGACAUUAUUUUCUAUUAUCUUCGUAAGAAAAUAAUGUACUCAGCCGAGCCGAAAAUCAAAGUCACCACAACUGAUUGCCUCUUUUGUUCUAGCAUAACAAGUUUGUAUGAGAAGUUUGUUGAGAAAAACAACGAUAUAUCGGUGUUGUCUCUUUCUCACAAUGUGGCCCAGUACAUUCAAGGUGGUAAGAUAUUAUGUGCCACUCCUUGGCAUUUGGUUGAUCAUGUUGUUAUGCCUAUCAAUGUAAAAUUACAGGAUCAUUGGAUUUGUGGUCGUCUAAACAUAGCUGAGCGGCGCAUAUAUCUGUACAAUUCAUUGCGUUCUGGGAGGUAUAUGACAGCUGCCAAAGAGGCUUGCAAGCCUUUCUCUGUUAUUUUACCAUAUUAAUUCUCUAUGUUAGACUUCAAAGGCCUUCGCAACGAAGCUAAGUUUAGCACUAUGGAACCGUUCCCUAUUGUUGUUGUUGAUGGUUUACCCGAGCAGGUCACAGCGUAAGUUUUAUGUUUAGUGUUCAAUGUUUUUCACUGCUUGUUUGUAUUUUUAUUUUUUGUUAUGUGAAUUUGAUUUUUAUUAGUGUUCUCAUAGUGUCUGUUUUUGUGUUUUCUUGUUGUUUUUUUUUUCCAGUGAUUGUGGUGUUUUUGUAGCAUCAUUUGCUGAGUAUUUCAUUGAUGGCAAACCCAUCCCAUCCUCUGAUUUUGAUGUAGAAAUUCACCGCGAUCGUUUGGCUGUGUUAUUUUAUCAAUAUGGCAUGAAGAAGCAAACUGAGAACAUUGAAAGUGAAUCCGAGGCCCCUCCCAGCCUUCCCAAGAAGUGAUUUGUUUUUUCAAUCAGACUGUCAUUGUUCUUAUAGUUUUUUAAUGUUGUUUUUAUGUUUUUUUAUGUUGUUUUUCAUAAACAAACAUUGGUGUUCUGUUCUGUUUCCUUACGUUUUGUGUGGACAAUAUGUAAUCUUUAUUUUUGUAUAUUUUUUCUUAUUCUUCUUAUGUACAAACAAGUUGGUAUGUUAAAGUUGUUAGUUUUUUCAUUUCACAUCCCUUCUUUUUUUGUUUUUUUUUUCUUAUAGUUUCUCUGUUUUUUUGAAUACAAAUAUUCAUUUCAGUAUUAAAAACACAAACUGUUUCAAUAACAAACUUCAUAUAUAUAUUCAAUUUAGUAUCCAACAUCUUUUAAUAUCCAAUCUAAAGUAUCAACAAUUCCCAAUGUAAUCAAUGUUUUUCAAAUAAAAACUGUAUUCCCUUUGUAUUUCAGAAAUUUAAAUUCCUCAAUAUCUCAUUCUCAAAACGUAUGUGUAGUUUUCUUUUGUUUUUCCACUGUUGUUCUGUUGUUGUUUUUAUUCCCUUCUACGUCUUCUGCUGCAUGUUCUUUUGUUAUGCCCCAGUUCACCACAUUUGCUGCACUUGUUGUGUUGAUCCUUUUCCCAUCCAGCCUUCCUUCUUAAUGUUUUUGGUCUUCCUGAUUUUACUCUUUCAUGUGGAGGCAAGACUAUAAUAUUCUUCACUUCUUCCGGUACCUCCCACUCACUUUGGUGUCCUAUUGGGUAAACUGUCCCUGAAUAAGUUGCCAGCCAAUUUUUUUUUGUGUAGUAAUCUGAACAGUAGGUGUACGGGUCCAUGUUCAUCUCCCUCAUCACGGCCACAGCGUGCCCGCAUGGCAUUUCAUCUAUUUGGAACCUGUUGCACGUGCAUGUUCUUUUUUCUAGGUCUACUUCCCACGAUUCUUUCAU